AAGGCAGCGCCCCCUGCAGGAAGGCGAAGGCACGGCAGCGUCCCCCUAGCGCGCCUGCUGCCGAGAGACUACAGCGCCCCCCCCCCGAAGGUGUGGGACUUAGGGUGCAAGCGUCCCCUCUGCUCCCCCAACCCCGGGGGAAUCUACACAGCAGAGCCAGCGGCAUUCUGCGCCCGUCCCCGGGCUACGGAAGGACCCUUUGAGAGGGGUGUGGAGGGAGGGGGCUGGUUGGAGAGUCGCUGCAGAAUGGGAUCCACAAAUCUGAAUAGGGUCACCUGUGCCCUGGGGUGGGGUGCAGCCCAGAGGGGACUAAUGCGUGAGUGUGUUCUGCCGUGUAGAGGAUGCUCUGGGGGCAGUGAUGGCUCCCUCCCUUCCGAAUGGCCCGGGGUGGUCCCCUAGUCUCUGCUUUCUUUGCACUUCUUGUUCUAAACCCUUGGUCUCAGUCACCAUCCUAGAUUGUCAUUCUGGAUCCUUCUUCCGGGCUCGUUAGCCUUCUGCGCUAUUGCUCUUCGUCAGGGCCGCGGUGUGCAUCCGGUAGGAGAACGUGGGAGAGCUGUGAGUGGGCGAUCCUCCUGGCCUUGCUUUCUCCCCCACUCUCCAGGGAAUGGAGUCCAGCCCAUCGGAAAAAGGCAGGCGGCUCUCCAAGACCUGGCACCCGCAAUGCUGCUGCUGUGGCCCCAAACUAUGCUGGUGCUGCUGCAGCGGCUGCUUAAGGAGUCAGACGGUGAGAAGGAGACGAAGACACAGGUUUGGGCACAAGACAUCCAGUGUCUCCCAGCUGGAGAUCCCCCCGCCCCUCGAGGAAAGGCUCACGCUGGAAGAAGCAUCCUCCUGGAAGCACUCGUUUGAUUGCGUGCUGGCGAGCCCCGCUGGCCAAAGCAUCUUCAUGGAGUUCCUGCAGACAGAGCACAGCGACGAGAACAUGGCCUUCUGGCUGGCCUACGAGGAGCUCAAGAGGGAACAGAGCCAGGAGCAGGUCUGCGAGAAAGCCAAGAUGAUCUACCUGGAUUACAUCACUAUCCUGUCCCCAAAGGAGGUAGGUCAGCAUCGAUGCGAGCGCGAGUCAGUCAACAGGUCCCUGGCGAGGCCCAGCGCGCACAUGUGCAAUGAGGUGCAGGCAAAAGUCUACGCUCUCGUGCACCGAGGCUCCUACCCCCGGUUCCUGAGCUCACCACUGUACAAGUCGCUGGAGCAGAGACUGGCUGCGCCGACUUGUGACACCUAGCCAAGCCCCGGGCACGCACACGCGUUUCAGGAUACUGCCAGCUCCUUCAGCUUCCUACCAGCUCGUCAAGACACUGGGGGAAGACGGGACAACCCUAGAGACGGAGCCUCAGCUCUCCCUCUCUCCCCGUGGGUGAAGCCACUGGUGUUUUGGUAGCAACGCUGAUCCAGAACUUACUCUAGUCUGUCUGAACCAAAUAAGAUGUAACUCAUGCUGGGCUUUGGGAGGAUUUCACUAGGGCCUGUAGAGAUGGGACGAGCCUGGGGUCCUAGAAUUCAGAGCCUUUCAGAGCAUUGCUUGUCCUAGAAUUUGGAUGGUAUCUGCGCUGGUGUGGUUCUAGAGCAUGGACGGUAUGUGUGGCCUGGACCAUGGUUCUAGAAUGUGGAUGGUCACAAGCUGGAGUGGGAUCUAGAGUGUGGCUUGUGUGUGAUCUAGGGCUUCUACUACAUGACUUGUACAUGAGUCUGGGUUUGUGGAACAUAGGUUAUAUCUGAUCUGUGAUAGGGUCUAAAAUGUGGGGGCAUUUAGGAUCUUGAAUCUUCUAGAACUUGAAGCGCCGUGUUUUUGUUUUAGGGGCAAGAAAAAAUUCCCCACCAACAUUUAA